CACUGAACAUCAGUGUGCCCUAAUGAUCAGUGUAGCCCCAGCAGUGCCACCUGCCAGUGCCUCAUCAAUGCUACAUAUCAGUGCCUACCAGUGCACAUCAAUGCCACAUAUCAGUGCCCAUCUGUGCUGCCUUUCAGUGUCACCUAUCAGUGCCAUCAGUACCGCCUAUCAGUGCUAGUCAGUGCCACCUAACAGUGCCACCUAUCAGUGCCAUAUAUGAGUGCUGCCUUUCAGUGCCCAUUAGUGAUGCCUGUCAGUGCCCAUCAGUGCCACCUACCAGUGCCUCCUAAUCAGUGCAGCCUAUCAGUGCCCAUCAUUGCAGCCUCAUUAGCGCACAUCAGUGAAG